AUGCUUGAAGGUCACUUCAAGACAGUCGAUCGUCGCUCAUAUAUCAGCCCAGCUGGCCUCGUGCGACUGCUCCCUCCUUAUGCUACGGUGUUGAAAACGUGUGUGUUGAUUUAUGGAGCCUCUCUCUCCACAUGGGAACUGACACUCGCUGGUUAUGCAUGGGACGUGGAUCGAUCUUGCCCUUCUACAAGUGACCGGCCAGACUUAACUCGCAGAGAUGGCAACGUCAAUGGUGUCGAAAAAGACGAGGACACCGUAGAAGACGAUUGA